UUUUCCACGUUUCAAAUUUAUAUCUUUAAGUACAUGGAUCAUUUCUAGGCGGAAUAAAUGUCUCCUCUACGAAUUCUCGAAAUCUUUAUAGUUUUUAUUUUAUUCUGGAGUUYUGUUAGACCUCGAGGUCUCCCCGAGACCGCAGCAGAAGAUAAAAUAUCUGAAAGUAACAAGGAAAUUACRAGAAAAAGAAGUCAUCUUCUGGUACACAUGGCUCACAAGAUGAACUUAGAUGGAGAAGGCUUAAGGCAUAUACGAAAACACCUCAUUGAUAUCGCUGGRCAUGGUCACAUGGUGGAUGACAUUAUAGACAUUCAAGACGGCGAUAACAUGAAAGGAAUAUUUUACUUUUUUCGACUCCAUGACAGUGAUAAUAAUGAGAAACUAGAUGGCUUGGAGUGGUUAAAAGCACUCACUCAUUUUGAYGACAAAGAAUCCAUUGAUACUAGUGAGGGCAGUGAACAAAACUUUGACGAGAGUGAGGCUAUUACAAUAAUUGAUGAAUUGCUGGCAAAACAUGACAAUAAUAACGAUGGGAUGAUUGACUUCCUGGAACUUAUGAAUACUAAAGUUGAUUCUAUUUUGAAUGAGAUGAAUAAAGACACAGAUGAUACUGAACAACAACGCCAGCAAGAACAACAACAACAAGAACAACAGGACCAACAGAAACAAGAACAACAAGAACAACAUGACCAACAGAAACAAGAAGAACAAGAUGGACAACAGAAUCAUCAGCAAAAUGACCAACGGAAACAGGAAGAACAACAAAAGGAACAACACAAACAGAACGAACAGACAAAUGAAGAACAGCAGGAUAAGCAGCAACAAGAACAACAACAUGAAAAGCAAUGGCAACAACAGGAGCAACAGCAACAACUGCAGCAGCAACAGGAACAGCAUCAACAGCAACAACAACAACAGGAACAACUGCCACAAGAGGAACAAGAACAACAAAGUUAAACAA